AUGAGUGAAAACGACCUCCUUUUUCGUAUUAGCCAAAUAACGACAUAUGUUAGCAAAUGGAUCAUAAAAGCAAAAGUAGUUAACAAAUCAAAACUCUCUACAUUUAAGAACAACAACAGUUUUUUUAGCAUAGACAUAACUGAUGUACAUGGUGAUUCGAUUUCAUGCAAAUUUUGGGGAAGCUCAGCAGAUAAAUGGUUUAAUAAUAUAGAGUUAAAAAAAGUUUAUAUUUUUUCCAAAGGAAGAGUUUCGAUUGCAAAUCCAAAAUAUAAUACUGUAAAACAUAAAUAUGAAUUAACAUUUAAUGAAGAUAGUGAAAUUCAUGAAGUAAAAGAUGAUGGGGAAAUCAAAAUUCAGAAAAAUAUAUCACUUGUAAAUUUAAGAGAUAUAAAAAUAGCCACAAAAGAAACACCAUUUACAGCCGAUUUAAUUGGUAUAGUUAAACAUAUAUGCCCACCAAAUAAUUUGAAAACGAAGCAAGGAAAUGAUAUAAUUAAACAAAAUAUAAUAAUUGUUGAUGAUACAAAGCAUUCAUUUGAAAUAUCUUUUUGGGACAGUAAUGUAAAUUUAAUAGAAAAGGAUUUAAAAGAAAAUGAAAUAUACAUAUUUACAAAUAUAAGUAUUCGAAAUUGGAAUGAUAUGAAAAAUGGAACAUUUGGUGUAACUAGUUCUAUCGAAAAAGUAGAAAAUCUAAAUGACGAAUUAAAAGAAAAAUGCUUAGGUAUUUCAGAAUGGUAUAAUAAUAAUGGAAAAUACGAGCAGUUUACUAAUAUGAAAAAUAUUUUAUCCAAUGAUGUUAUCCAAACACCUGAUAAACAUUAUGCAUUAAGUGAUGUUAAUGAUGUAUUAGCAAAAAUAUCUGGAACAUAUACAUUAGUAGGUAGAAUUAAACGAAUAUAUUGGAAAAGCAAAGAAAAUGAGCAUAGGUUUUAUUACCCUGCUUGUACUAAAUGUAAAAAAAAAUUAUUAUCAAGUGGACAAGAUAGUGCUCAAGGCGUUGAUUACGAUAAUUCGAAUUUCAAUAAUGAAGAAAAUUGUGUAUAUUCAUGUAUGAAUUGUGAUGAAAAUAAUGUCAAACCCUUUUAUAAUUAUACAUUUAAUUUCUUAUUUAUGGAUUUCUCUGGUUCUAUAACUUUAAGAGCUUUUUCUGAUGAAGGGUUUAAUUUGCUAGGGAAAAAAGCUGAAGAAUUAAAAGGAUUGGAUGAGGAUACUUUAGAUUAUUUAUUUAAUUACGAUUUCUUAUAUAAGGAGUAUAAAGUUGUUGUUAGGGUAAGUCAAAAAAUUUAUAAUGGAAUAGAAAGAGUAAAUUUUACUGCUAUGAGAAUAUUCCCACAAAAAUAUUCAGAUAUCUCGUAUUUACUCAAUGAAAUCCAACUACUCAUUCCCAGUGAUAAUAAUACAACUAAAAAUAAGAGAUCCCUGAACAACAAUUUUCAUGAUACAAAAAAACAAAAAAUAUAA